AUGAUGAUUCUUAUAAGUGUAGCGAAUGUAAAUAUGGAUACAAUCUUGAUACGAAUAGCUAUAAAUGUGUUUACUCUAAUUGCUAAGAUAACUUAUUUCUUUAAAUAGAUGAGUCUUAAGGCGAUGAUUCUAAUGGAAGUUGUGUUUCUAUCUGCAAUCCACUUUAUAUCGGAGAUCCUAUUUAGAAAAUAUGUGUGCCUUUAUCUUAAUGCUCUUCUGAAUUUGAAACUGAAUAAAAUUUUCUUAGCUCUAGUUUACCCGAAGAUAUAUUCAUCUAUUAGGAAAUAUACUAUGUUGUGGUAUAAAAUGGUUAUUUGUCCUUAUUUGAUAGAAGCUAAGUUCAACUAAUAACACAUAUUAACUUUUAAUCUAAUGAUUUAAGAGUUUAAAAUAUAAAUGGAUUAGUUGUUGUAUUGA